AUGCGAUUCUGUCUACGUUCAUUGACUCUUCUGAUUGUUCUGUUCCAUGCCCAUGGACAAAGUUCGUCGACCCCUGCUACCUCGUGUGAUGGAAAUAUCUGUCAUCAAUUACAGACAGAAUCCUGCACUUGUCCAAACUCACUAUCAGGAUGUUCUUGCACCAUAGCUAUCGGUCUGCUGCAGACACAGAACAUAAAACUGAUCAGUUCCAACCUCAAAGUGAACAUCAAGUGCCGAGGGCAGAACUCCACCAGCAAUGUUUACUCGGUAUCGUUUGCAGGAGAAGAGUUCAAGAUCGAUGCAAUGAGGCAGUGUGAUGGAUCUUGCACCAAGAUGAUCGAGGCGAUCAAUAAGGACCUCAACAUCGCUACCCCACAAGUCUCUACGGUUCGGGUGGAGAUCAAAGCUGGGUCAGAGACAUCAGUCUGCUCCAAGAGUCAGAACCUAGAGAGCACGAUGAUUGUUGACACAGUGUAUCAGACACAACCGAAAUCUGACGGGGUCAGCAUCAAGUUUCUGGUGAUCGGCAUGGUGUGCUGGGUAGCUAUUAUCAGCCUUCCAUUCAUCGCCAUGCGAUUCUGCCGGAAUUGUAUGGUCCGAAGAUAUGCCGGCACGAACGAGACCGUCGAGCAAGUGAAGUUGGUGAAGGUGCUUGUGAAGGAAUACUCGGCAAACAGACAACUGGUUGAGAUCAGAGAGAGAAAAUUCCGUCUUGUAAGAGAAGAGGAGUUCACAGAGGACCAUCGUACCUUGAUGGAGGAGUAUGGAUGGAACGUUUGCAGCUGCCAUGAGGCCUUGAAGUGUCGAACCGCAAUAUUGAUUGCGGUGAUUGACUACAUGAGGAAAAAUGCAAUCUUGGAGAAGGGGAAGCAGCAAAUGAGGGAUAGGAAUGCAAAGACGAAAGGCUAUGAUGCGCGGAAGCGUUCGCCCCAGAAAGAGCUGAUCAUGCAGCUCGAAGACGGGUUCUUGAUCGUCAACUUUGCAAACCCCAAGACAGAGUUCAAGUGUGUACCUGAAUUGAUAGACGUCGUUGUCGACGACUGCCCCAUCCUCAUCACACUUCCGGAGGAGAUCAAAUACUCAGAUGGUGUGACUGGAGAGAUUCAAGUAGACGAGAACGGGCGGGUGAAGCGAUGGAAAGGCAGCAGGGAGUCUCAUCAGUUCAAGAGGAAGGUUGAGAGACUUCUGGAAGAGCUGGAGGGCUUGCGGUCGGCAGCGGUCGAGUGUGUUGAAGAAGAUCUCCUGCUGAGGUUGAGCCGGUCAAGGUGCUUCGACGAGACUGUGACCUUCUUCAACUCCGUCUCCGGCAUCGAGAUCUUGCGGAAGAUGAGAAUCGAGUUCGAGGGGGAGGAAGGGACGGACUGCGGGGGGGUGAGGAGGGAAUGGGUUCACCUGAUCUCCUGCGACAUGAUCCACCCGGACCGGAAGCUGUUCAGCUCGAGCAAGGACUACGAGUACGACGUCAGGCCGCAGCUCGAGAGCAGCGGCGAUGCUGUUGUCAGCGGCUGGAAGAAAGUGACGAUCUCCUCGACGGCCACCAGGGAGAAGCUCCUGGCGAUCGGCAAGUUCCUGGGCAAGUGCGUUGCGAUGAGGGAGCUAUUGAGCUUCACCAUCUCCCGGCGGCUGUGCGAGAACAUCCUCCAGCAUGCGAGGAGGCCGGAGGCUGCGGAGGAGGCGAAGCUCGUCUCUGUUGAGGCCUCCCAGCCCCAGCCCGUCGUCAUCAGCCAGCGGCACCCGUCAGUCAGCUGCACGGAGGAUGAGCGAUUGCUGUGGAACGAGGAGAAGGAGAGGACGGGGCCUGACGCCGUCGCGCUGAUCAUCGGGGACGAUGAAGGACAGAGGCAAAGCUCUCCUAGCAAUCUGGAAAGCUCUUCAGAGAUUGAGAGUGGGGAAGAGAGGACGGGAGAGGAGAGCUUUGCUCUGUACGAGCAGGGCGGGAAGGGGCUGACAAGGCAGAGCUCGUGGAUCUCCUUCGACAUCUGGGAGGAGGAAAGCUGGAGCAGCCAGAAAGGAGAGGAUGACGAGGAAGCCAAGUACGAGGACGGAGAAGGAGAUGGAGAUGGACAGGAAGAAGGAGGCGAAGAAGCAGGAGCAGGAGCAGGAGCAGGAGCAGGAGCAGGAGCAGGAGCAGGAGCAGGAGCAGGAGCAGAAGGGGAUCUGAAAAGCAGUGCGUCCAUGGACAUCGACGAGUCUGUCCUGCUCGGACUUGACUCUGAGGUCCGAUCGUCGCUCAGGUGGUUGCUGACCACACGGCUGGAGGAAGCGAGCGAGAGCGACUUCACCUUCUCCUAUGGUGACGUGAACGCGGAGGGAAAGGUGGUGACGGUUGAGCUGAGGCCCAACGGAAGCGACGUGGCAGUCACGGAGAAGAACAAGUUGGAGUACGUACGAUCGCUGGCUCAGUGGGUCAAACAAGGCAGGUGGGCGGCUGAAGUCGAGCUGAUCGCCGAGGGAUUCUUGAGCGUCAUACCUCGACAGUUUCUCGUCCACUUCUCGCCCCUCGACCUUCAAAUCUUGCUGUCAGGCAGCAAACUGCUGGACCUGGAGGACUGGAGGUUUGGUUCUGGAAUGUCGUCCACGAAAUGUCAGAGGAGUCUCGUCUCAACCUACUUCGCUUCACUACAGGGUCUUCUGCUGUCCCUGGUGGAGGUUUCGCGAACCUGCAAGGAUCGGAUGGACUUCGAAGAUUUUCAGUGCAGCGAUCGACAAGCAUCGAGCAGCUGCCGCAUGUGA